AUGGCCAUCACAAAAAUGUCAUCUCUUAUAAUACUUUCAUUGAUGAUGUUGACUUUCAUCUAUAUUCCCAUGAUUUCAGGGCAAUUCAGAGGAAUCAAACAGUGUGAGAUGAAAUGUUAUAGCACACCAGAAUGCAAUGCAACAUGCUUACAUGAAGGAUAUGAAGAAGGGAAAUGUCUGAAAAGUUGGGAUGGUGGAGUUGAGUGUUGUUGUCUAGGCCUCCUGGCUAGUUCUCAUCAAGAUAGUUCUCCUAUUUCUAGUCCUCACUAUAUAAUAUUUCAUGGCAUAUGUAUUCUCAAUAUAUGA